AUGUCCCAGCCAGAUGGGCCUGUCGCGACCGUUUCGCCUGAAGUCAACAAGGAGACGAAGGAGAAGAGACUCUCGACCGACUCUGACUCCGACUCUGAUAAGGAGAAUGAAAAGAACGAUUCGCUGACAGAACCGAAUAAGCAGCAGGAUGCCUUCGAAGAUGCCGUCGUCGAUGUCGCCGAUGUAGCUGAGGUGCGUUCUCUUACUCAGCGAACGCCCUCAGUCUCCAAACAACCAUCCGCCGAGGAAACGGACCCUGAACCCUCGAAAAAGGAGGAGCAAACGGAAGAAGAUAGGGUGGUAGCACCAGCUCCGCCGUCACCAACACCAGACGACCACUUUGUUGACGAGGACUUUGUGAGCGACCACGAGGACGUGGAUAUCAAGCGCAAAGCUUCUCCCGUAUCUCAUCGGCUUUCCAACACCUCGAAUCUGGACGACGUCAAGCUGGACGACGACCAUCCUGCCCCGCACGAGGAACCAGAAACGAAAGCCAUUAGCCCGGUCGAAGAGAAACCGCUGCCACCCAAGAAAAUAUCUAUUAGCAGCAUCACCGGCGCCCUCCCAUCCAUGCCAUGGUCGCCGCCGGCCGAGCCAUUGCUUGCCAAAUCUCCCGCAGUCCCAGCCGCAGUCCCACCGCAAGCACCCCUACCACCACCCCCAGGGCCUCCGACUAGGAAGCUCACAAGCCCCUUCUCCUGGCUGUCCCGAAACAGCACGAGCAAAGAGAAGGAGACCUCACCACCUCCACAAGCUUCUCCACGCCGAAAUACUGCAAGUUCCAUCGCUACUUUGACGAGUAACCCCGACAUGUCGCUGGGCAGGUUAGACGAGGAGAAAGAGAGUGACGGCACCAACGGUGUUCUGCGACACAGUUUGAAAGACCGCUUCAAAAUGGUACGAUUACGGGAAGAGGUGGGCGUCACGUUGCCAUCGGACGACGAUAAACCUGUGCCACCGCCCAAGGGAUUGGGUUUCAGCACGCCUCCCGCCCCAAAUGGAAACGACAGGGAGCUUGGUGCCGACCAAGCUCCCAAGUCGCCUCUCCCAACUACCCCGAACCCGGCGUUGGCACCAGGGACAGUAUCUGGCGUGUCGGCUGGACCUUCUGACAUGUCAGAUUCUCAGGUAGAUUGGGAUCUGUGGCAGUCUGUCGUUUACGAAGGCCCGGCGGUUGUUCAGCGGACCAGCGCCGAGGAAUUAAACAAAGCUAUUGCCAGUGGCAUUCCAAACGCUAUCCGUGGAGUAGUCUGGCAAGUGUUGGCCCAGAGCAACAACGAAGAGCUCGAAAUCAUGUACAGAGAGCUAGUGGCCAGAGGCACCGACAAGGGAAUCAACCGGAAUAGCCAGAGCACGGUUAGCUCGAGCAGCAACGGUAACCUCAGCAUCCAGAAUGACACUGUCAACUCCUCUGCCUCAUCAGUCCAUUCGGAACAGUCGGCCGCAAACGGCAUGCCAUCCCCUCACGAGAAGAGCGCGGAAGCGGUCCUCAAGGCACAGCAGGCCGCUACAGUGGCGAGACAAAAGAAGCAAAAGGAGGAUACUGCUAUGCUACAGAAACUGGAGAAGACGAUUCGACGAGACUUGGGUGCGAGAACCAGCUUCUCCAAGUACGCCGCCGCCGCCGGGCUUCAGGAGGGCCUUUUCGGCGUAUGCAAGGCGUACGCCCUAUUUGAUGAGGGUGUCGGUUAUGCUCAAGGCAUGAACUUCUUGAUUAUGCCUCUUUUGUUCAACAUGACAGAGGAAGAAGCGUUCUGCCUGCUGGUCCGGUUGAUGAACCACUACCACCUGCGCGAUCUUUUUAUUCAAGAUAUGCCCGGCCUUCAUAAGAACUUGUACAUCUUUGAGCGCUUGCUUGAGGACUAUGAGCCAGCCUUGUACUGCCAUCUACGUCGCCGCAGCAUCUCACCUCACCUCUACGCCACUCAGUGGUUUUUGACACUCUUUGCCUACCGUUUCCCCCUGCAAUUGGUGCUGCGCAUUUACGACCUCAUCCUGUCCGAGGGUCUCUCGGCUAUUCUACGUUUCGGCAUUGUUUUGAUGCAGAAGAAUGCUGCGAAUCUUCUGGCCAUCUCUGAUAUGCAGCAACUGACCGUUUUCCUCAAAGACAAGGUGUUUGACGCAUACAUCGACACCGCACCGAGCGCAGGAAGCAUUUUAGAGAACGGCUUCUUUGGAAGCUCUAGCUCCAGCAUGGACAAGGAAGUGUACCGCGCCGAUCAACUUGUCAGAGAUGCUUGUGAUCUCAAGAUCACCCCGGAGAUUCUCAAAGCCUACACGACCGAGUGGGAGGAGAAGACGAGGGCAGAGAAGGAUCGUGAGGCCGAACUGGAAGGGUUGCGGACCGCCAACAUAAACUUUGCCAUCAAGGUCCGCAAGCUCGAGGAGCGCGUUGAGGCGUACGACAGUGAGCAGGCUGCGCUUGCCACGGAGUUGGUCCACACCAAGGUCGAGAACGAGGAGCUCAAGGAUGAAAAUGAGAGUCUCAAGGGUCAGGUCCGUGAGCUACGAAACGUCAUCGAGAAGCAGCCCGAAGAGCUAGAGAACGCAUGGAAGGCUGAACGUGAGGAUCUCAUGAAACGCAACCUGAAAGUCCACGAGGAGAAUGAGAAGCUGGAGAAGGAGAUGGCGGAAUUGGAGGAGGAGCUUGUGCAGACGAAGAUGCAGUAUGCCGAGAUUAAUUCUCAGCACGAGACACUUAAUCGCAAAUGGACGGACCUCAAGCGACAGUUUGCUUGA